AUGAACAAAGUAAAAAAACAGCAAAAACAAAUAUUACAAACAGCUUCAGCUCUCAAAAUGCCAGAGCCAAACAACUUUGAUGAAAAUAUAAUAAUAAAUGAUAUCAAAAAUAUGGCAAAACAACAUAAAGUAAUUUUUGGAAUUAAUUCUGUCUUAAAAUCAUCAUUAAAGUUAGAAAUCAAAUGUAUUAUCAUACCAAAAAGCGAAAAUUUUGAUAAUGCAAUUCAACCUCUUCUUUCCGUUGCCUCGAGAAAAUCAAUUCCAAUCCUUUCUCUUAAUACAUCAGCAAAAGAUUUAGCCCAUAUAUUUAGCAUGAAAAAUCUAUCCAUUAUAGCCACUACUGAACCUUUGCCAGACAUGAGAUUUACAACGAUACUCCAACAAGGAAUUUCAUUGCAGCCAACUAUUGUUCAAAUUGAUACAUUCACUGUGAAUAAGCCAAAAUAA